CGUAGAGCGCCGAUCCCAGCGGCUACGCUACGUAGACUGUCCCGUGGUUUGUUGGCACAGUCCCAGGUGGUCGAGGAGAUCCGCGCGGGCGGCGGGAAGCUCCGAGGCGUGGCAACUGGCGUACAGGCCCCGGCGCCCGCCGGCUGCGCCAUGGUCCGGCUCGCUACUCUCCUCUGCAAGGCCUACCGUGGAGGCCACUUAACCAUCCGCCUUUCCCUGGGUGGCUGUACCAACCGGCCUUUCUUCCGCAUCGUGGCUGCUCACAACAAAUGUCCCAGGGAUGGCCGUUUCGUGGAGCAGCUGGGCUCCUAUGAUCCAAUGCCCAACAGUCAUGGAGAGAAACUCGUUGCUCUCAACCUGGAUCGGAUCCGGCAUUGGAUUGGCUGUGGGGCCCACCUCUCUAAGCCUGUGGAAAAGCUUCUAGGUCUUUCUGGCUUUUUCCCUCUGCAUCCCAUGGUGAUCACAAAUGCUGAGAGGCUGCGACGGAAACGGGCACGUGAAGUCCUUUUAGCCGCCCAGAAAACAGAUUCAGAGGCUACAGAAACAUAUGCAAGCUGACUUCAGUGAGCAUAGCAGUGGGAACAAGGUUAAAAAGUCCCCAUAAAACACGUGGUGCAGAGCUCUUAGUUUUAUUAUAUUUGGAGGUCAAUAAAUGGAAUUUUCUGUCA